CAUAUUGCUUCUACCACUUGUAAAGUGCGCGCAUAUUAUCACAAUAGUCUCCCCCUCAAAUUUCAUUGAAAAUGCAUCCGGACGAAGAACCUCAUGAGAACCAUGGCGGAACCAAAGUUUCGACGAGCUUAAGUUCGGAUAUCCCCAUACCAGGAAGUGAUUUCGAAAUCCUUGGUGACAAAGAAAUCAAACCGGCCAGAAUAUUGGGCGAAUCGAUGAUGAUGAUCACUUAUCGCUGGGAACUGGAAGAUUUGGAAAAAGACCACAAAACAAUCUCGUCCAGGAUGAUUUGCUUCCGCGGCGAGAAAGUGUUCCGCGUCGGUUUGAAAAACCGCGACAAACCGACGUUGAUUUUCAUGGCCAUCGACCUCAACCGAAUCGGAAUGAGAGUCCGCGAAGUCGGAUUCGAUAAGCAAAACAGCGACAUUCGUCAAAAGAUGACUCACAACAAUGUCGACGGCGAAAGUCUGCAGUUGUUCACCUUCGAUCUGACCGAAAUGGUCGUCGGCAAUUGCACGUUCGUCUUCUCCAUUUGGCUGGAAGGCAGCGUCCCCGUUUGCUAUUCCUACCAGUUGGCCGAUCGUCUGGCCAAAAAAGAUUUAUGGAAUGCCUCGACUAAAAGUCAACACUACGUCGACGUCGAAUUCGUUUGCAAGGCUGACAAGAAAUUUUCGGCCCACAAAGCCAUCCUGGCCGCUCGCAGUCCCGUCUUUGCAGCCGAAUUUGAAGAAUUGGCCAAGAACUGUAAAUUUAAAACCAACGACGACGGACCUCUACAGAUCCACAUUGACGACGUGGACCCGAAAGCUGUUGAACGAUUCCUCUAUUUCCUCUACACCGGAGAAGCCAUCAAAUUAUCUUUAGCCGACGAAGAAUUACUCAAAUUGGCCAAGCGCUACGAGCUCAACACUCUGGUGGAAUUGUGUCAAAUUGCUCUCAAGAAAGUCGAUGUCAUGCAAAUGGCAAGUUUCGUAUCCAAUCUCGAUCUUGAUCCUGAAUCGCCACCUUUCGUUGUCCGACCGGAUAAGGACACGGAAUUAAGUUUCGGCCAUCACGAAUCCACUUAUCGAUGCAUUUGGAUAUUUGAAGGACGCAAAGCGGCCGAAAAACCACUGGCAAUCGACUAUCAAAACGAGAAUCUUUUUUCUCUGCAUCUCAAAGACGAAAUUAUCCAUUUCAUUUGCGUUAAUCACCGCAAAUUCGUCAACCAAGUCAUUUACUCGACCAACUCUAAAAACUGGAUCAAAAUGAAGCCGAAAAAUGCCAAACACAAAUUAGAGAAAUCCGAAAUGCUCUUCUUCGUGGCCAAAUCUGACGUCGAUUUCGAUCACACUUCCGAGCAAUCGAUCCAUUUCGACAUCAAGAUGAUAAGCACCAUCGGAGAGUACCGCUACGAGAUGAUGGACGUUUCCUGGUUGACUCAGUUCUGGAAGGCCGCCGAAGACGGAAAGCUGACCGAUGUCGAUGUCUACGUCGGCCAGAAAAAGUUGAUGGAAGCCCAUCAGGUGAUCCUGUCUGCCCGCAGCCCCGUCCUGAGUAGCCUGUUGAGUAACAUGACCAAGAACGGAAAAGCCACCAUCACAUUUGAAGCGGAUAUCGACUCUAGUAUAGUCAAACACUUUUUGUAUUUCCUGUACACGGGCUCGUCCAAGAUCAAUUUCAGCAACAAGCAAUAUCUGGCACUGGCCGAGAUGCACGAAGUUGAAACGCUAAGCAAAAUUUGUAAUCUGGCUAUGGUUUCCUCUCCGGACGUUGAUGAAGUGACCAAUUUCCUCCUGGCUAACUUUUAAGUGCUUGUAUCGUGAAACUUUCUUUUACUAUCGGAAAAUAUACAUUUGAAUUCUUUUAAAAGAGAUUUUUUU